AUGGCCAAUGCUGAGGGAGCGGAGCAGGCAGGUCUGUCAGACUUGGAGAUCAUCUCACAGCCAGUAGAGGAUGAAAACCAGUACUUGGCCCCUCCAGUCCAACUGGUGAGCUUUGGCUACAGAGACCUGCCCCUUGCAGCUCUGGACCUCUCAUUGGCCGGCUCGCAGCUGCUCUCCAAUGCAGAUGAAGAUGAAAAUAGGGAGGGUAGUUCCAACUGGCUGAAGCCAUGCUGCGGGCGUCGAGUGGCCCUGUGGCAGGUCUGUCUGCUCAGCGCCGGCUUCAACUGUAUCCUGGUGGCCUGCGUCAUCCUGGUGGUGCUUUUCCUGUCUUUGGAGUUGCUCAUAGACACCAAACUAUUACAAUUUUCUAAUGCGUUCCAAUUUGCCAGCAUUAUCCACUGGAUCAGCCUUAUCAUCCUGUCACUCUUCUUUUCUGAGACCGUGUUCAGAAUUGUAGUGCUUGGGAUCUGGGACUACAUAGAGAACAAAGUUGAGGUAUUUGAUGGCGCUGUCAUUGUGCUGUCUCUGGCCCCAAUGGUGGCCUCCACAGUGGCCAAUGGGCCUAGCAGCCCCUGGGAUGCCAUCAGCCUCAUCAUCACCCUACGCAUUUGGAGAGUCAAGCGGAUCAUUGAUGCUUAUGUGCUACAAGUUAAAGUUGAGAUGGAAUUAGAGAUCCAGCAGUGUGAGAAGACCAAGGCUGUGAGGGAAGAGCAGCUGGAGCGUCUCACUCAGAUCUGUCAGGAACAGGCCUUUGAAAUCAGGCAGCUGAGGGCACAUCUGGCCCAGCAGGACCUGGACCUUGCUGCAGAACGUGAGGCAGCCAUGCAGAUCCAUCACGUAUGGGGCACACAGGGCAGGAGUUUUCAAGUCGUCGAGGGUUUACCACCUGGAGAGUCGGAUGACGAGGGUGGUCAGAGAAAACCCAGGGAGCCACGUGUCAGUGCAGAUCCUGGAACAUCUGGCUUAGGGGCCCGGGUUAUCACCACAGCAGCCAUUGACGUCCACCUCCCCACCGGCACUAACCCCAACCAGUCGAACCCGAUGCUCGCUCUGGAGCGGGUUGGCAGCGCGGUGAGUGACGCCUCCACCAGCAUAUCGCGCUCCAGCGGCAGUCUCACGGCCCGCCCGCACAGCCUGAGCAGCCACACCCCGGCUUCAUCCAUGACAGACUGCAGCAGCAGUGCAGCUCAGGACCUCAGUCUGAGCUACGGCUCGCAUCGCUGCCACCCUCCGGCCUUCUCAGGCCAGGACCCCUGCAGGGACCCCAGUGUGGUGGUGCAGGAGCUACUCUCCUCCCUCUCCGAGGACUCUUGCCUGGCUCAAAAGGGCCUGGCGGUCGACCCCGUCAACCUCAAGCUUCCCAGUCCCACCGGUUCGGAAAAUGCCAGCCCCGAGCUUGAGAACAGAAUAAACAUCUUCAAUCGCAGAAACCAGGAGGAGAGGCGAGGUCGGGGAAGGGGCUGCGUUCUGCUGCAGACCAAGCCGCUAAUCCACCUGCAAGGCAGCGCCACUGAGCCGUCUCUGGAGGAGAAGUACCGGCUGCUCGGCCCAGCUGACUCACCGCUUGGGCGCAUGCCUGACACAUAAGCGACAUUUACACGGAAACAGAGGCUUUUAUGAUCUUUUUACUGCCAUCCUGUUCGGCAUUUAUCUGAUCUCUUGUGACAGGUCAAACCUCAUGAGAGAGGCCACAUAAGAUAUAGAAAUGGGAUUUUUCUGUUGCUGUGUAAAUCCAGUCCUAGCCAAUUCAGAGCAAGCUUGAGCUGUAGCUUCCAGCCAGUAGAAAUAACAUUAGAAACUCGGAGGCCCUUUGCCAUACAGUCCAAUGUCCUCUGUUCCCCUCUUAAUUGAUUUUCGAAAUCAGAUAUGCCUGGAUAUAGCACAACAAAGACCAGAACAUCCCAGUCGCUGGGAAUCUGAUGUGUUUUUGGACACAUUCGUCAUCAGGAAUUCUCACUCUGAAGAGGUCAGAAAUGCACUGAACUCCACAAGAAUUAAAACCAGCAAAGGCCCAUUCAAGCCUAUUCUGAACUGCAACUUAAAUGCUGAACAAGUUUCAAGCUGUUAAAAGAGCAUUUUGUAUCUUGCAUUUUGUUUUCUCUUCCUUUGUACGAUCAACUUUAAAUGUUCAACAUGCUGUUCUUUGUUCAAACAGGGUACAGACUGUAAUACAGGACUAACUGAUCCAGUUUUUCUUAUCUUUGCCUUUCCGUCACCCAUUUGACUGAUUUGAAACCAUGGAUGAAAAACUUGCUGAAUACCAUUUUUGUUCUCAAACGUUAGUUAGGGUACAUGUGUGGAUGAAAAUCAAAAGGUGACCGGAUGGACUAUUCUUGUGAAACUAGACUGGAGUGCUUGUAGCAUGAACCUUUAAAAUAUAUGUGCCAUGUAUGGUGAGCAAAUUCUUUGCACUUUAAUGUUUACAGACACUUUUGUAAACUUGAUAUGGAGGAAGUUGUUGCCAAAUGCAGAUGUUGUUAUUUGAAUGAAAACAGCAAAAAUAAAGAUGGUAUUUCUUUAACUACUCAUAGAAUACUGACCUCUAUUCAGAUAUGAUGGUUUUAAAUAAUAAUCUGGUAAAUCAAUCUUAAAACAUCUGAUCAGACUCUAAUAAAGACGUUUUUCUCAUUAGCUUUUUGGUUGACACACAUUGUGCAACAUAAUUUCAUUGGCAUGAGCUAAAUUAUUUAAGAUUAUUAGCAUUAAACUUGUCACAA